AUAAUUUCAUGGUUACACGGAGGAGUGGUCAAUAUAUAAAUACACAAUAAAUUUCGGUACACAGGCACUGUACUCUUAAACAGCUAAAUAACAACAUGUUCGUAAAACUGACCGUCUUUGCAUGCUCUUUGGCUUUAGCCAUUGCUGCUUACAAUGGACCAUUGGCAGGUGGACUUCCUGCCGCUAAAUACCCAGCAGGAAUCGACCCUGCAUCUUGCCCGGACUUUCCAAACUGCAACAACCCUCUUGUAGCUAUUAGCAACGAUCCAGCUGCUGUGCGUCAAUUCCAACCAGCUCAACAGCCCCAACAUCAACAGUACCAACCUCAACAGUACCAACCUCAACAGUACCAGCAACCAAGACAAUACCAACAACCCCAGCAGCAGUACCAAGGUUCCAUCUCCCAAUACAACCCCGUAUUGGCUUCCCAAUACCAACAGCAACCAGCUCAAGGCCAGUAUAGCUCAGACGUACAGAACGCUCUGAACGAAGGCAAAUACAUUGGUGAUGGUGACUACCACGGUGAGGGUCUGGCCGAGGCUUUAGCUCCAGGACACGUGCAACAGGCUGCUCCUCAAUACCAACCGGCUCCACAAUACAACCAAUACAACUCAGCUCCUCAGUACCAACAGUACAACCAGGCUCCAGCAGUCCCAGCCGGCCAUGCCCAGCCAGCUCAGAUCCCAGCCGGAGUUGAUCCCAACUCUUGCCCAAACUACCCGUAUUGUCAUUAGAUGGCUUGUUGGGUGUUUCUGAAGAUAAAUUGUGAGACUGUCAGCUGACAACAUGUUAUUUAUUGUAAAUGAGUUAUCUAAGGUGUAAAUGAUAAUUACCCUGUAUCUGUUAUGUAUUUAGUUUUGUAAUAUUGCGCAAAAUUUAAUAUAUAAAAACCAAG